ACAACGAGAACUCCACGCGUAAACUAAGAUGGCAUCCUACUAAGAAAUUUGCGAUCUAUGCAGGCGUAUCAGUUUACACUGUUUAUGAAACCCAAAUUAAAAAAGUUUUAGAUAAACCCAAGAACUUAUUCCUUAUAUAUUCAUCCUCUGAGAUAGAUCUAGUAAAUGAGUAGAUCUAUCUUAUAUUUAUAGCAGAUAACCCACAGAAAUGGGACUAUGUAAAUGUCCCAAACGAAAAGUAACAAAUCUUUUCUGUUUUGAACACCGUGUUAAUGUCUGUGAACACUGUCUAGUGGCGAAUCAUGCCAAGUGCAUUGUAAAAUCUUACCUCCAAUGGCUACAAGAUAGUGAUUACAGUCCCCUGUGUACAUUAUGCCAACAAAAUCUUUCUGAUGAAGAGUAUGGAGAAUGUGUCAGGUUAACUUGUUAUGAUGUGUUCCACUGGAGUUGUUUGAAUGAAUAUGCUCAAAGGUUUCCAGCGCAGACGGCACCUGCAGGAUAUACCUGCCCAUCGUGCAGUGCCUGUAUAUUCCCACAGUCUAAUAUGGUGUCCCCUGUAGCUGAUGCUGUACGUGUCCUGCUACAGCAGGUCAACUGGGCAAGGGCUGGACUUGGUUUACCAUUGAUGGAAGAAAGCAAAGCUCCACCAGCACCUCCCCAGCCGGCUGUCUCUAAAGCAACCCUCACCAAUGGUGCCGUGCCUAACAGUUCAAACUACAGCCACCUGAGGUCUGACCCAAAUCUUGGUUACGCUCCAGGACUUGGAGCGUCUCCCAUGCCACCCAAUGCCACAGCCAGCAGCAGCAGUGGUAGCCUGGCUUCAAGACCUAGCGCACAAGUGGCGCCAUAUUCUUCCUCUCCUACAGGAGUCCUGGCCCAGCACAGCUUGAUCACUGUAGAUGAAGGGACAAGUGCAAGAGGGCAACAAGGAUUGUUCUCUAAUCCCAGAAAAUUGUUUGACACAACAAAAGAAGAUGACCUGUUCAGUGAUGUUGGAAGGUCACAUGACCAUGAUGAAGACAAAUACAAAAGAAGACCAGCAUUACAGUGGUUGGCUUGGUGGUUUAAAUCUAUGGAUGGGAACAAAAGGAAAGAUCCCCAUGCUGUGAAGAAAAGAUUUGCUGUCAUUCUGCUGAUUGGCAUCAUAGGGUUCAUCACUGUCAUCAUCAUCUUCUCCAAGCUGGGGCGGCAAGCUACAGAGGACGACCCAUUCUUUGACCCCCUACAAAACCCAAACAUUAAAGUUGAAGCCAAUCCCCUACAGUAGCACAUAAGCUCUUGUUAAUGUUUCUAACAUUUCUUGUACAAAGCGGUAUCAACACAUGCUACUAGAGAAUAUAUAUGUAUAUUAAUAAUUUAUUGUACAUAUGAUUUUAUCAUUACUAACAUAAGGGGGCAUUACCCUUUCAUCUAGCUAACUUGCCACUAGGUUGUUUUUUUUAAUUAACAGAAAACAUGGACCAAUCAGAAAAAAUCUAAUGAAAUUAGUAAACAUUAUUCUACAUUCAUGUUGACAUGCACUUGCAAACUUUUAAGUUUGAGCAAAGUGCACACCUUCCUGUCUGGCUUUUCCAUCAAAAUAGUGAAAUGUGGUAGGCCAAGUGCUGUUAUAAUGACACACGUGUAAUCUACUGCUGUUUGCUGGCUGGUAGAAAACUGGGGACUAACUUAAAUAACUUUUACUUUCUAUUAUUCUUUAUUAUUGAGAGCUCAUCAGAUUUCAAACAGAAUGCUUUAUCAACGAUUUUAAGUCUAGAAUGUUUGCAUUGAAAAAUUUUCACGUCUAAUUUCUUUUUGAACUUUGAAUUUUCCAACUUCUCUCUUCACUUUUUCAUUGUAAAAUAUCUAAGUUAUAUAACACAAUCAUAAGCAACUGUCAUAAAUAGCAUGGGAAUGUGUGAUGGUUAAUGCAAGUGAAAUAUUUUUAUUGAAAAAAAAUCAUGUGAUGGCAAAGUCAAUCUGAAGAAUAUUCAUGCUUACUAAUGCUCUUUUACUGUCCUAACAUUGUGAUAUUUUGUUUCUUUGAAAGAGUUACAUUUUUAUAUCAGUCCAUUGUCAGAUUGGCAAAUUAUUGUAUCUGAAAGAAUGUGUGUGAGAAUGUAAAUUUUCAUCAGGUGUUUGUUCAGUUUGUAUAAAGCAGUGGGUUUCAUUUGGUUGGUUAUAACAUCUAGAACAUGGAUACUUGAACCAUUUUAUAAUUACAUUCCAGUUCAAAAGAAGAAAAAAAAAUAAUUCAAAUUGUUUCAGUUUUAGAAAAAAUUCUGUCCAUUGGUAACUCUUCAGAGCUAACUUAUUUCUGUAGUUGCUUCCCCUGAUACAUUUUUUUUUAUUUAGUUGCCGUUUUUUAGUCCACAAGAAGAAGCAGUACACUGGAUAACAACUGAUAAAUUUUUAAUGUUGAAAUUAAAUAAUCUAAGACACUUGCAGUUGUGGAAGUUUUUUUAUUUCGCUUUAAGACACCUAUUUUUCUUUAAGCAGUACAUUUCCAAAAUAGAAAAUUUAAUCUUUCCAAAUUGAGUGGAAAUCCUUCAAUCAAUAAAAUAGUUACAUGUCCUGGUCAGGAAGUGUGUCUUAUAAACAGGUGUCUUAUUUCAGUGUUGGUGUAUUUCACUGUUUUGUCUCGUUGCUUGACAUGAUGGGCACUCAUACAAAAAAAGAUGUAAAUCUACACUGUUACCAUUUUUAGUGUCUGACUGCCCUACUAUAUCAGUACUGUAAGAUGGUACGUUUGUUUGAGAUGGCCAAUAUACUUAGUGUAGCAGUUUGGUCUUUAUUUUGUUGUCUUUGAGUUUGUAUGGGGCUAUUUGUAUCAAGCUUUAGAAAGCACGGGUCAUCAGCUUAUCAUAUGUUUGGAGCUGUUCCCCAGAAUGUGAUGGUUCUAGUAGGCUGCUGAUGGGGCAUGAGCCUCACUCCUUAAAGGUGUGGGCCAUUCUCUCCAGCUUUCUCCUUGUGUGACCAGUGUCGCCUCUUGUUCUUUUUCAACUGUUUCCACUCUCCUUUACUAAAGAAUAGGUUGAUUCUGAUGUCAGUUUUAAUGUCUGUAAAACAGCAUUGAUGGGUUGCAGUAGUUUGAUUUUAAUGUCAGGUUUUAAUGUCUGUUAAACCUAGCAUGGGUUGCAGUAGUUUGAUUCUGAUGUCAGGUUUAAAUGUCUGUAAAACCUAGCAUUGAUGGGUUGCAGUAAUUUGAUUCUGAUGUCAGGUUUUAAUGUCUGUAAAACUUAGCAUUGCUGGGUUGCAGUAGUUUGAUUCUGAUGUCAGGUUUUAAUGUCUGUAAAACCUAGCAUUGAUGGGUUGCAGUAGUUUGAUUCUGAUGUCAGGUUUUAAUGUCUGUAAAACCUAGCAUUGAUGGGUUGCAGUAGUUUGAUUCUGAUGUCAGGUUUUAAUGUCUGUAAAACCUAGCAUUGAUGGGUUGCAGUAGUUUGAUUCUGAUGUCAGGUUUUAAUGUCUGUAAAACCUAGCAUUGAUGGGUUGCAGUAGUUUGAUUCUAAUGUCAGGUUUUAAUGUCUGUAAAACCUAGCAUUGAUGGGUUGCAGUAGUUUGAUUCUGAUGUCAGGUUUUAAUGUCUGUAAAACCUAGCAUUGAUGGGUUGCAGUAGUUUGAUUCAGAUGUCAGGUUUAAAUGUCUGUUAAACCUAGCUUGUGUUGCAGUAGUUUGAUUCUGAUGUCAGGCUUUAAUGUCUGUUAAACCUAGCAUUGAUGGGUUGCGGUAGUUUGAUUCUGAUGUCAGGUUUAAAGUUAGAGUUAGCAGCUUGACCUAAGUGUUAGCAGCUUGACCUAGCUAACUUGCUAAUGUGUGUGCUGCUCAUUUGUUAACCAAAUGUGCCGUAAUUGCCGUGCUGACUUCAGCAUGAUUAACCAUGCAAUCAAAUAGAUUCGACAGACCCAGGCAAACUAUUGAUUGGUGUGAUGGUGGAUGAUGUGUCUAUUAAUGCUGGGACUGUGUACUACACACAAUGCUGAACAAAUCGUGUAUGUAGAUGUGCUAGUGACACCUGUCUACAUCAUUGAUCAGUCAGGAACAAUA